AUGGUGGUAAAGAGAAAGGUGGUGCCUGAGCAUAUGGAAGAUCUCGGAAACAUUUUUGAAAUUCUAAGGAAGCACAAGCUAUGCCUUAACGCUUUCAAAUGCUCUUUUAGUGUAGGAUCAGGCAAGUUUUUGGGCUAUAUGGUGACUCACCAGGGAAUUGAGGUCAAUCUCGAACAAAUUAAGGCGAUAAACAGUCUACAACCACCUCGAAAUCCCAAAGAAGUUCAGAAGCUAACCGAAAUGACUGCUGCUUUGAACCGAUUUAUCUCUCGAUCAGCAGACAGAUGUAAACCCUUCUUCCUAUUGAUGAAUAAAUGGAAGGGAUUUAAGUGGACCGAGGAGUGUGCUUUGGCCUUUCAGAAACUUAAAGAAUAUCUAUCUCAGCCACUUAUCAUGUCCAGUCCUCAAGUAGAUAAAGUCUUGUUUGCUUAUAUCGCUAUAACCCCUCAUGCUGUAAGUUUGGUAUUGAUACGAGUUGACAGUGGCGUAAAACGACCAGUUUAUAAUGUGAGCAAAUCACUGCAUGAGGUCGAGGUUUGUUAUUUACCACUGGAGAAGGCCAUCUUAGCGGUGGUGCAUGGCACACAAAAGCUCCCCCAUUACUUUCAAGCACAUACAGUUGUCAUCCUGACUCAGCUUCCACUUAGAAAUAUACUUCAAACUGCUGAUUACACGGGGAGUAUCGCUAAAUGGGGCACGAUCCUAGGGGCUUUUAACAUCAAAUACAUGCCUCGUACCUCUGUCAAGGGCCAGUUCGUCGCGAACCUAGUGGCCAAGUUCGCUAUAAGAACCUUCAUUCUAGAAGGAGGAAAGGCAAUAAGGAUGUUCUUGGACUCAAGACUAGUGGUCGGCCAAGUGAAGGGCGAACUAGAAGCAAGAGAUGAAAGAAUGCAAGGGUACCUAAGUCAAGUUAGGCAUUUGGAAUCAGGAUUUGAGUACUUCAGCCUACUGCACGUCCCUAGAAGUGGAAACACACAUGCUGAUUCCCUAGUCACGCUUGCAACCUUCUCGGCACAGAGCUUACCUUGGGUUAUCCUUAUAGAAGACUUGUGCAAACCCACAAAAGUAAAGGGAAAGAUGGUCCAUGUUCACCAGGUCAGAGUAAGGCCUAGCUGGAUGGAUCCCAUAAUACUAUUCCUAAAAGAGGACAUUUUGCCGAAAGACAAAUCAGAAGCUGAUAAGGGUUUAGAUAUAAUUGGCCCUUUCCCCAAGGCAGCAGGGAACAAAAGAUAUCUGCUGGUCGACACUGACUAUUUUACUAAGUGGGUUGAAGCUGAACCCUUGGCAAACAUUAGAGAUAUAAACGCCAAGAAAUUUUUUUGGAAAAAUAUUGUCACCCGGUUUGGGGUCCCUCACACGCUCAUCUCGGAUAAUGGCCUUCUGUUUGAUAGUGAAUCUUUCAGGAGAUACUGCUGUGAAUUGGGAAUUACGAAUAGAUAUUCUACCCCAGCUUAUCCCCAAGGGAAUGGACAAGCCGAGGCUGUUAACAAGGUCAUAGUGAAUGGACUCAAGAAGAGGUUGGAUGAUACAAAGGGAAAGUGGGUGGAAGAACUGCCACAUGUCCUGUGGACGUAUCGAACCACGCCUCGCAGAUCAACAAGGGAGACUCCCUUUUCAAUGACUUAUGGUGCCGAGGCAAUUAUUCCUUUAGAAAUGGAUUUCCCAACGCUAAAGACUAGCUGUCCAGGAUUACGCAUAAACUCCUCAGAUUGUUACUUUUAA